UCCAGACGCGACGCGACGUAAGUCGAUCUUGUUCUCUCGUUACUGAUUGUGUUUCUGGUUGCUGCUGCUGGAUGUGUGUUGUUUUUUUUCUGAACAUUUCUAUAAUAUAGUGCAGUUCCAAUUGAAACACUUGGGCUGUUAAGAUUACUGCUAAGACAAAGUCAUUGGAAUGGAACUAGCUGAAAACACCUCCAGCCUAGUGCUGGGUGGUAUUCAAAUGCAUUGGAAGGGAAAAUAUAACAACUUAAAUAAAGAAAAUGAUUUGAAGAGAGGAGAAGAAAUAUUGUACUACAUCAUUGAAACCGAAGAAGAAGUUGAACCUGGAGAAUUAAAAAUUAUUUUCGGAUUCUUCUUACACUAAAACCUCAUCUGUUGGCGAUCCAAUGAAUUGGUCAAACAAGACUUUCAAAUGGCAUCAGUACCCCAUUGAUUCAUGGGUGGAAUUUGAUGUAGGGGAAGUUAUUGAUCCCGACAAGAAAAGAAGUAUACAGAAAGUGGAACACACAACCAAGCGACCAAAACCUGUUGAAGACGAUUUGCAGCUGAAUGUUACGGAAUUGAAUAAUACUAUCCCCGGUAUUUCUGAUGAUUCUGAAUGUGGUGCUAGCGGUUCGAAUCAGCAGUCAUCUCAAGCAAGUUAUGCGGAACCAGCAUGCGACUCCAAGGAUUAUUUGAUUGGGGAUUUAAAUUCCAAAAAUCAAUGUGGUUUCAACUACUUAACAUCUUCUGCUGAAAUUUUGAACAGCUUUGAAACAACUACACCAAUUACAAUGCAUCAUAACCGGGUGCCAGAGAUGCCUUAUUCUGAUAACCAUAAGCUGCAUGAAAUUUCCACCACAGUCAUCCAACACAGUUCGCAACUGUCGUACACCACUUACGGAGCACAAUCUACAAAUCUUGCAAAUAAUCAAUUUGAAAUGAUGAUUGAUUUUCUCCAUCAACUGCAGUCAACCACCAAUGAAAAAUUGGAGAAAUUGCUGUUCCGCAUUGACUGUCUUGAAAAAAUUCUUACCAAUUCAUUGCCGUCAUCCGCCACCGGGCACCUCAAGAAACACAUUGAUUUCUUCACAGUUCAAGUUAAUCCAUUUUUAGGAAAGCUACCACUCGGUUCAUGAGAGCAACUUACUGCCUUUGAAACGUUGUUAUCUGCAAAGGAACUCGUUCAAAUUAGGUUUGUUGCGUUCUUAGCUUACCAGUACAAAUCCGAAAAGACUCCAGCGCUGUUCGUGAAAGCAGCUAUUCAGUUUUUUUUUUCAAAGAAACUUUGCGACAAUGUUCAAUGGAAAAAUAGGAGCGGGGAUGAAAGACGCGGGAUAGGGGAGCUGAUUCAAUUUAUUUCCGUUAUUGGUGCUUCUUUAGACCUUUAUUGUAAGCUUUCAGCGAGGGAGUUGCUUGGCCUGCAGAAAUUAAAGGAUCUUAUCCAAACAGCCAGAUCCAAACUUGCUGAAAAGCAUAGACGAGCUGAAUGUGGAUCUUCAACCAAAAAAAAUACCCCGCAGCCAGAAAAAGACACCAGAAAAGGAGAAGUCGUCCUUCUAAGUCACAUUGGUAAAAGAAUUCAAUUCAUCUUGAAAGCUCUGGAUGCUUUUGUUCCCCCAAAAUGAUAUGAUAUCUUGAUGUGUAUCAUUAAUACUGUGAUUUUUAAAAUAAGGCUUUUUGACAAAGUUCUUGUCUCCCUUUCCAGAUUAUGCAAAGCAGGUAAUCGAUGGAACAUUGCAUCUGCUGCGAACGGUUAUUUUCCCAUUAGAACUUUCUAAUUAGAACUUUCUAUUUUAUAUUUUUCCGUUAGAACUUUCUAAUUAGAAUUUUCUAAUUGAAAUCUUUGAAUAAUCUGGAAAGGGAAACAAGAACUUGUCAAAAAGCCCUUUAGUCUUGUGAUCUCCUGAAAACAUUUUGCAAUGUUGUCUUACCUGAGAAUUCAGAAACUGUUUUUGCACUCAAAUAAUCCGGUACCUGUCUAUGACAGUUUAAAUUCGAAAAGUUUAGUUUUAAUCUCGUUUCGGUUAUUACAUAUUUUGUUUUGGAAACAAAAAGAAUACAGAAAAUUUUUCCAAUUUAUGUUUGUUUUUGCAGUUUACUACUUUAUUUGCGACAACUAAUUCAAUUAAUUUCUAGAAUGCAUUACAUUCAUUUUAUUUGAAAAUUAAAUAAGCUUAUAAUUUGUACAAUAUAUAUUAAAACAAUUUGGUAUAAAAAUAGGGGAAAAAAGCAACACAA